AAUUAGACCAGCUGUUUGACAAGACCCAAAUUCUAACGGAACAACCGCGUCUGAAUCCCUGAAUUUCGGUCUCCGGAGUUUCAUCCUAGCGCAGUAAAGACCUCCUUCUUCAUGGUUCUGAUUAUUCGCAACUGCAGAAUAUUAUCCAGUCGACAGAAUAAGCAAGUUAAAAUUGGAAACCUGCAAGAUUAUCAAAGCAGAUCCUGUCAUCAGGAAACAAUUUGCGACAGAAAGAACAAUUGUAUAAUGGGUCUGACAACAGUACUGGGAACAUUGUUUCUCUACAGCAUUGCUAUGUUUACUUUGCCGUUUGCUGCUUUCUUUACGAUACAACAUAUCAUGAUAGUAAAAUUCCAAACUGAUACUGCCGUGACUAAUUACAUUUCUGUACUGGCUGCCGUAAUCACAGUGAACUUGAUUAUCUCCUGUUAUGUUUAUCAGGCUUUAAACGAGCCUGAUGAAGAGAAGGAGCAAAGUAAAGAUGAAAUUGGAGUAGAAAUUAAAGAGAGUUUAAAUAAGAAAGAUGAUUAAAAUUGGUUUUCUUUGCAAAAUACGAAUUUGUAAAAAAAUGUGUAGUGUCAAAUAUUUUUUAUAUUAUUUAAUUUAAAAAUGAGGACUCUUUGUUACUUAA